GAUCUCACCGUGUAAGGAUGAGUUCCCUAAAGCUACAGAAGAGGCUUGCAGCCUCUGUAAUGCGAUGUGGUAAAAAGAAGGUGUGGUUGGAUCCAAAUGAGAUCAAUGAAAUCGCCAACACCAACUCCAGACAGAACAUCCGUAAGAUGAUCAAGGAUGGUCUGGUGAUCAAGAAACCUGUGGCCGUCCACUCGCGCGCUCGUGUGCGCAAGAACACAGAGGCGCGCCGUAAAGGUCGUCACUGUGGCUUCGGUAAAAGAAGAGGUACUGCUAAUGCUCGUAUGCCACAGAAGGAACUAUGGGUGCAAAGGCAGAGAGUACUUCGUAAGCUGCUGCUCAAGUACAGAACAGCCAAGAAAAUUGACAGACAUCUAUACCAUUCCCUGUACAUGAAGGCGAAGGGUAAUGUGUUUAAGAACAAGCGUGUGCUCAUGGAGUACAUCCACAGGAAGAAGGCUGAGAAGGCUAGGACUAAGAUGCUUAGCGACCAGGCCGAAGCCCGUCGUAACAAAGUGAAGGAAGCCCGCAAACGGCGUGAGGAGCGCAUCGCCGCUAAGAAGGAAGAGCUGUUGCAGACCUUUGCACGCGAAGAUGAGGCCGCCGUCACCGCGAAGAAGUGACCAUCUUAGCAUUUAUUAUGUAAA